CACCGACUAACACCCUCCCCGCACAGUUUGAACGGUUUGCCUCAGUGUGACGUCUCUCUCUCUCGUUCUCUCUCUCUCCUUGUCGCAACUCGAAGUCUCCUCACUCUUUCCAGUACGACUCUACCAAGCGGUCUCAAAGGUACUCUCGUGAGUUUUUCCUUUCACGGACUUUUGAUAGAUGCGAUCUCUGACAGAGUUGACAUGUCAUGCUAGGCCACUGACGGAGCAAGCUUUUACCUGCUUCAGGCCUAGGUCGUCAUUCAGUAGGACCUGGGGUUUCAACAGUUAGCCUGGACCACUCAACAGUGGGGGGACAACUCAGAUUGAGCACCCCCCGCCCCUCGCCUCUGCGAAGUCGGUCCCAGAUCAUCUAUAGAUGCCCAUGUGAACGCGCGUGUGUAUUUAGAUCUAUCGCACAGCGUUGACAGGGCUAAUUGGAUCGGCUUAUCAUGGCACAAGGGGAAGGAACAUAUAUUCUUGGAAAUAGUCAUACAAUGUCCGAUUUUUCGGACACAUCCAGCGUGAGUGACACGAGGGGCUUGAUGGAGGAGAAAGAUGACGGCAAGCCUCGGAGCUCCAUACCAAUGACGUCAUUCAAUUUCAUCAAUUCCAUCAUAGGCUCUGGCAUAAUAGGAAUGCCUUUUGCUCUCAAACAAGCUGGCUUUGGUUUGGGACUGAUUUUAAUCAUUUUGGUUGCUUUUGUUACAGAUUAUUCUAUAUUAGUUUUAAUUGAAGCUGGCCGCCUCUCAAAUACAGACACUUAUCAGGACAUGGUGUUGGUGGCUUUUGGACGAACUGGUUUUUACAUUUUGACUGUUUUACAAUUUCUUUAUCCAUUUAUUGCUAUGGUCAGUUACAAUGUUGUCAUUGGUGAUACCAUUACAAAGUUUAUUGCCUGGAUUGGAGGUGAAAAUCCUACCAUACUACACUCAGUGCUUGGCAACCGACAGUUUAUUAUAACUGUUGUUACACUGAUAGUCACAUUGCCUCUUUCUUUGUACAAAAAUAUUGCCAAGCUUGGAAAGUGGGCAUUUUUGUCAAUUUUGCUGAUAAUUUUCAUUAUGGUUGCUGUUAUUAUCAGACUGAGUACAUUCAUUGGAACACUCUCUCCAACAUCUGAUGCUUGGCAAUUUGCCAAUUACAAUGUAUCACAAGCUGUUGGCAUUAUGGCUUUUGCAUACAUGUGUCAUCAUAAUACAUUUUUGAUUCAUUCAUCUCUUGAAAAUCCAACAAAGAAACGCUGGGGUUUUGUAACACACUUAAGUGUUCUCUUUGCUAUGGUGAUGUUGCUUAUACUUGGCAUCACAGGCUAUGCUUCAUUUACUGGUUUAACUGAAGGCGACUUGCUUGAAAACUAUUGUCGAGAUGACAUACUAAUGAACAUUUCUAGAAUUUUCUUUGCUAUAACCAUAAUGUUGACAUAUCCAGUUGAAUGUUUUGUCACCAGAGAGGUUGUAGAAACAGCUAUAUUUCCCUCUACACCUGAGUCUCCAUUGUGGAGACAUGUGACAGUUACAGUUGUUAUUGUGGUUCUCACAGGAGCUAUCUCAAUGGCCACUGACUGCCUUGGAACAGUUUUGGAACUUAAUGGCAUCUUAGCAGCGGCUCCACUUGCAUUCAUUAUUCCAGCAGCUUCUGUAAUGAGGCUAAGACAAGAUGCUAUUUUUUCCAAAAAGAACAUUCCCGCCAUACUUUUGAUGGCUUUUGGCAUUCUGGUUGCAGUGUGUGGAUUUAUCAUGGCAGUCAUCAACAUGGCUGAAGGUAUCAGCUGUAGCCAUGGCAAGGAACCCAAGUAUUGUAUGGCUAUCAACACAACAGAUAUUACUACUGUGUUUACCCCUCUCAAAGAGGAUGAAUCCAGAGUUGGAAAACGAUCUCUACUGAAUACUUUCUUUUAAGGUUCAAAUAUAAUGUUCUUCUGUUGUUUUUUUUUCCACAUUUUACAGCAGAUGUAUCUCAAUGGCUAAUAGUGUAUAUUUAAAACUACUUAACAGUCCAACAAUAUUUUAAGAACGUUGUUUUUAUAAUGACAUUUUUUGUGAUAGUUAAAUUUUUUGAACCUAAACUUUUGAGUGGUGCCAAGAUACAGCUUAGUUUUAAAGCCAAAGAAAUAAAGAAUGCUGUUUGAAAUCCCCAAUCAAAGUCUCUGUAUUAGAUAAAGCUGAAUGUUCUAUCAAACGUAGGCUUAUCUUCACAUAAACAGUAAUCAUAUAUUUAGAAUUUUUAGUUUUUAGAAGUUUUUAUUUGAUGUCAACAAACCAAAAAUUGAAAAUGAAUGUGAAUUAUUAUUUAUGUUCUUAGUUGGAAAAAUAAAACCUUGAUUGCAUUUAAAAAUAUUGCAGCAUAGUUUACAGUGUCAGAGAAAAAAAAUUGCAUUUAUCCAUUCCCUUCCUUUUUUUUAAAUUACAAAAUGGAUUUUAUGACUAUAAAUUUAUGAGAUAAGAAUUUAAUAUUGACAAUUAAACAGAUGAUCUAUUCAAAUACUUCAAAUGAACAUUACAACAUUGUCAGAUGACAUCUUAGACUACACUGAGUACAAUGUUAACUCAAACUUUCUUGCAUAAUAUAUGGUAAAAAUGUAUAUAGAAAUGUAGAUAUAUAUAUAUAUAUAUUGAACAUAGAUACUCUUACAAUUCCACUCUUUGAAGACUAUGACAUAGCUGAGACAUAAUUUUUGUUUCUGCUGAUUUGUUUCUUCCCUUACAAUGUUAAUUUGUUUUGAUCAGCUAAUCCUCAAGAAAUUGCAUACAAAUGAUAUAGCUAUUUGUUGAAAUACAAAAUGAAAGUUUUUGUUGGUAAGAAAGAGUGAGGGUUUGGGGUCAGUGAAUUUAUUUGCCUUUCUUUAACUGUUGUCUAUAGAAAUAGCACCACAUUAAGUAGUAACCUUUACCAGCUAGUUUCAUACUGUGUUAAACAUAUCUAAAAAAGAGCCUCAUUUACAAUGUAGAGAUCUGAUUUAAAUUUCUUUGUUGAAUAUCAUGAUAAAAACUAGGCCAACAGACCCUGAAUUGAAUCAGUCCCUAUGAUCUCAUAGAACAAAGUAUAAAUCUUUCUAUUUGUAUUACCCUAGGAUGACUUCUUUUUAAAUAGUACUUUUUAUUACAAGCUACAUUCUCUUUUUAAAAAAAUUUAAAUUAACAUGAAUUCCUUGGUAAGUGAGACAGGUAAAAUAGGGUUGACCAGUAUGUGGCAAUCUGUAUACCAUAGUGUUUUGUGCCCAGCACCAUUUAAGUGAUAUCCUGAACAAUGUCCAGGCUUCAAAACUCAUACAAUUUUUGUUUAUCCUCUUGGGGUUUUAAGCUUGUAAUAUUUUAGGUGGUUUUAGAUUCUGGUGGUUAUCCUUAGUUUGACUACAUAAUCUAGACUAUGGGAUUAAAUGAAAUUUUUUUUUUUUCAAAUGGGCUUAAGGUGCUUUUGUUUUUUUUUAACUGUUUACAGUGCUCUAAUCAUAUUUUACAUUAGUAUCUAUUUUUAAUGUGAUUCUAAUUUGUAAUUAUGCCAUUUAAUAUCAAUGUGAUGUUUUAUACCAAGUGAAUUGUUCAAUGUGAUAUUUCAGUAUAUUCCAUAACAAAUAAAUAAUUAUUGUUGUCAUUGCUUUAAUUACAAUGAAAUUUUGUUUAUAUCAUUACAAUCAAAAUGAUUUGGUGUAACUUUUAAACAAUUUGGAAUAGCCUU